UUUUGUAUACAGGUGGGCUAGAUUUCUUCUUCAAACGCUUUUUUUUAGAGUUAGUGAAAGGAAUUAUUUGAUAAACCUUGAUUCAUGCGUUUGGUGGAAAAUUUUUUACAUUGCUGCUCUGAAUCUUCAAAAUCAGUUCAUUAAUAAUGGAAGAAGAUUCAAGGUUGACGCAAGAAAUUUUGGAAUUGAAAAAUAGUUACGAGAAUGCUAUUGAUUUCUUAGAAAAUGCCACACUGAACAAAGAAUCGGUACAAGCAGCUAAAAAUAGGAUACAAACUGCAUGUUCUGCUUUGAAUGCAAUUCCAGUUUUCUUGCAUCCAAUUAAAAAGGAAAAAGAUGAAGUAAAGAUCGAAGAAUUCAGCGAUGAUGAUGACUGGGCAAACAUUAGUGAUGAAUUUGGUGACAUAGUAAAGGCAUGUGAGGAUGCAGAGAACAGUUUUAACUCCAACGAGGGAGACGCAAUGUACGAAGUAGAAAAUGGCGAAUCACCUGCUUCACUACCAGAUGAUGCUAAGCAAGAUGUGUCAGACUUGAAAAUACAGCCGUCUGAAGAAAAAGAUUUUGACUGUGAGCCUCCUACUGAAGAACACCUUAGAAUUUUAAAGCAGUUUUUUGGUCAUCAGUCAUUCAGACCCAUGCAGUGGAAAAUAAUCAGAUCUGUUCUUGAAGAGAAACGGGAUGUAAGCGCUGUGAUGGCAACUGGUUAUGGUAAAAGCUUGUGUUAUCAGUAUCCAGCUGUUUUUUCAAAUAAGCCUGUAAUAGUCGUCUCACCAUUAAUUUCUUUAAUGGAAGAUCAAGUAUUAGCUUUAAAUGUUGCUAAUAUUAGUGCCUGUUAUCUUGGAUCCCAUCAAAAACGGAUGUCGGAAGUUAAGGAAGAAAUUAUGCAAGGGAAGCACAAGGUUAUUUAUUUGACACCUGAGUUUGUUGAGGUUUAUCCUUCUCUGCUGAAGAUAUUUGAUGAGAAAUUAGGUAUUACAUUAAUUGCUGUCGAUGAAGCCCAUUGUGUGUCUCAGUGGGGACAUGAUUUCAGAGCAUCAUAUAGAAAGCUUGGUUCUUUGCGUUCAAAAUUGUCACACGUGCCAUUCAUGGCUCUCACUGCUACUGCUACACCUGUGGUUCUAAAUGACAUUUGUUCUUCCUUGCGUCUAAAAAAUCCUAUAAAAAUAUGCUCCAAUUUUGACAGGCCAAACUUGUACUUAGAGGUCUGUCUGAAGAGCAAUUCUGUUGUAAAUGAUUUAUUGAGAGUCAUGAGUAAAAAAAAUGGAAAAAUUGGCUUUUCUGGGCCGACCAUCAUUUAUUGCCCCACCAGAAGUGUCACAGAAGAUGUGUACAAAAAACUUAGAGAUAUGACUGUCUCUUGCCAAAUUUAUCAUGCUGGAAUGUCACCAGAAGAAAGGAAAAAAUCACACCAUGAAUUUGUUUAUGAUAAAGUAGAGGUUGUGGUUGCAACUGUUGCGUUUGGCAUGGGAAUAGAUAAGCCAGAUGUAAGAAGAAUAAUACAUUAUGGAGCUCCUAAAGAUAUUGAGAGUUACUAUCAAGAAAUUGGACGAGCUGGACGUGAUGGAUCACCAAGUAUAUGUCAAGUGUUUUAUGCAAAUGGGGAUUUUACUGCAUCAAAAUUUUAUCUAAAAGACAUAAAGAAUGAAACAUUUAUGGAACAUAAAGCAGACAUGAUAGCAAAAAUGCAGCAAUAUUUAGGUUCAGUCAAAUGUAGAAGACAUAUGUUAUUGUCUCACUUUGAAGGUCAUGAAGUUACCAACGUUGGAGGACAUGAAAAAUGUUGUGAUAACUGUAAAAAAAGGUCUAGAAGAGCAUUGUUAAAUAAAGCAGAUAGUUCCUCACAGAAAACUACUGACGAUAAAAAAGAUUUCACAGUAGAAGCUAAAAUACUCUUUGGUGCUAUAGAGUUCACUGGUGGAAAAUUUGGUUUGAACACGCCUAUAUUCAUUGUUAGAGGAUCGGGAAAUGUUCGUGUUACAGAUCAAAUGAAAAAAUGCCCAGAAUAUGGAAAAGGCAAGUACAUCAACUUGUGGCAUUUGGGUUGUAGGAACUUCGGCUUGAAGUACUUCGACCUGUGGCAUUCCGACUUGAGGGCCAUCAACUUGAAGCACUUCGGCUUGAGGCAUUUCGGUCGCCUUCUGGUUUGUGAAAAAUAUUUAGUUGAAAAACGCCUGAGUUCAUUUGGACAAGGCAGAGUGUUUGGAUGUACUGUUGAGAUGACAGCAAAAGCAAGAGAAUGGUUUCGUAAAUAUAAACGUAAUCCCGAGAACUGUUUGCCCUUAAUUCUUGAAGUGAAUGCAGAAUUGGAAGCUUAUGAAGAGAAAAAAGUGACAAUAACACUGAAGAAAACGGCUGAACCUUCAGUUCAAAAGACAAGAAUUCUUAAUGCACCAUCUGGUUCCUUGGAAAUAGAAUUAGAACCUUUAGAUGAAGAUGAGAUGCAAGUUCCAGAAGACAUUGAUCCACGUGAAGAAGAACUAAAAGGUGUACUUUUCAAAAAACUAAUGGCCUUAAGAAAUAGAAUUGCAGACAAUGAGGCUGUUGCUCCUUACAUGGUUUUCAGCAACAAAAACCUUUUGGACAUUGCUGUGCACAGACCCGUUUCUUUGAAGUCUCUGUCCCAAAUAGAAGGUGUUACAGCUGCUAGAAUUUCCAAAUUCGGAAAGCAAAUGACUGAUUUGGUUUGUAAAUUUUGUGAAGAGAAUGAGUUGGAAAAGGAUGUGUUUUCAAAUUCUUCAAAAGAAGCAAGUAAGGUGACUUUCACUUUAGAUCCUCUUGUGCGUGAGUUGAACAGCAGUGCCCAAGAGUCAUAUAAAAUGUGUGAAAUCGAAGAUAAAGAUGUCAACCAAGUUGCUUCUGAAAGAAGUCUUUCUGUUAACACAAUCAUUUCUCAUUUAUGUGAAGCUUUGAAAUUGGGACUUCCUGUAAAUUUGAAGCGUGUUGGAGUUACUCCUGAAAUUUUUAGAUUGAUUUCUGCUGUUAUACGUUCUGAACCUAUAAAUUCAGACAUAAGCAGAGUAACACCUAUCAAGCAAUUAUGUCCAGAUUACAUAGAAUUCAAUCAUAUUAAAGUGGUCAUUGCAUAUAUGCAAAAUAAAUUUGGUGUGAACCAGUCUGAAGCUUCUCA